AUCAGAACACAAACACGAAAGCUAUCUUCUUCGAUAACAUUCACUUCAAACAAUAUUCAAUAUGCUCCUCAACGCCAUCACACUCGUCUCUCUCAUCGCCGGCGCCCAGGCUGUCGGUCGCGCUAUCGUUACCAACCAAUGUGAUGCGCCCAUCUACCUCUGGUCCGUUGGUGGCAGCAUCGGCGAGCAGAAAGUUAUUACCAAGGACCAAUCCUACAGCGAGACCUUCACCAAAGACCCCAAGUCCGGUGGUAUUGCCCUCAAGAUGACCGCCGUCGAAGGCGGCAUCUUCAAGCCCAACGUCAGUCAAACCAUCUUUGCCUACAACCUCGACGCCAAUCAGAUCUGGUACGACAUGAGCGACAUCUUCGGCGACGGCUUUGCAGGCAGAACUAUGACACUCAAGCCCAAGGACCCUGCCUGCCCGAGCAUCAAUUGGUAUGGUGGAAAGCCUACUGGUGGCAGCCAGAUCAAGAACUGCGAUGCCAGCACGGAUUUGGAGCUGACCUUUUGCACAAACCACUGCCUGCCAAGUUGGUCUCCUUGCGGCAAUGCUGCCCCUGGUGAUUCUAGGACUUGCUGCACGCACUGCAUUGGUAGUCACCACUGUGUCGCUGCACCUUAAUACGUCACACAGAUAUCAAUACGCUAAGGCACUGGAUAUGUUACUGCUUUGGGGAUACUGGUUCGAUAGUCAGGGGAAUGGUUGGAUGGGUGUUCGGGUUAGAGGCGGGGUUAGCGGUUGUGCUAGUAUAGGACAUCACUUAAUAUAGAACAUUUUAGGGGA